AUGGCUUCGACCAAGCACUACUUCCCUGAUACUGCGGCGAACACACUCGUCCCUCGAGCACUCCGAGCGCUUGUUUCGGCCAACAGUCAUCUCAUUCUUGACGAGCCCGAGCGUGUCGUCGCCAAUGCCUACAAUGAUGAGGAAUGCGUGAGCAUCAUUGGUGGUGGUGGCUCCGGCCAUGAGCCAGCCUGGAGUGGCUUCGUUGGUGAAGGUCUUCUCUCUGCUGUCGCCUGCGGUGACAUCUUCGCCUCGCCCAGCACAAAGCAGGUUCUCCGUGCUAUGAACCUUGCCCCCUCUAAGAAGGGUACAAUUUUCCUCAUCACAAACUACACCGGUGAUCGACUACAUUUCGGUCUGGCUGCUGAGAGAGCCAAGGCAUCCGGUCUUAGCGAUAACGUCGCUAUUGUUUAUGCCACAGACGAUGUUUCCAUCGGCCGUAGCAGAAGCAGCCGUGUUGGCAGACGAGGAAUGCCUGGCCAUGUCUUCACAAUGAAGAUCCUCGGCGCUGCAGCAGCAGAGAAGUGGUCAUACGAUCGUUGCCUGAAGCUUGGUUAUUCGCUCAACGACGCCACUGUGUCCAUUGGUUCCGCUCUCGAUCACUGCCACGUUCCUGGUCGACAGUUUCAGUCUAUUCCCGCCGACGUCUGUGCCGUUGGUUCUGGUAUCCAUAAUGAGCCCGCUCAGCAGAUGAUUUCCCCCUUCCCCUCCGUUCAGGACCUCAUUGAGCGCCUCCUGAAGCUUCUCGCCGAUCCCAACGACACCGAGAGGGCCUUUGUAAAGUUCGAGACUGGUGACAACAUCAUGCUUUGCAUCAACAACUACGGCGGUCUGUCUCCUCUCGAGCUUGGAGCUCUCACAGACGAGGUCCAAACCCAGCUCGCCUCCACAUACAGCAUCAAGCCCAGCCGCACUCUAGUUGGAACUUUCGAGACAUCCUUGAACGCGCCUGGUUUCUCUGUCUCACUUAUCAACCUCUCAAACGUCGCCAAGGAGUGCUCAGUAUCUACCGACGAGCUUUUGAGGCUAUACGACAGCUCUACAACGGCCGUCUCUUGGCCCAACGUGGCACGACCUGGCGCCGACGCCACGAGGACAGUUAGCGCUGACAGUGCCGCCAACACUGCCGAGGAGGAGGCUGAGACUGGCAGCAUUGUGGUGGAUGGCAAGGUAUUGGAGGGCGCCGUCCGCAAGAGUUGCGAGACUGCCAUCCUCGCUGAGCCCAAGCUCACUGAGUGGGAUAUGGUUAUGGGUGAUGGUGACUGUGGCGAGGCCGUCAAGGGUCUCUGCGAGUCUCUGAUCAAGAACCUUGACAAGGGCUCUGCAUCCAACGGCAAGGUUCUCUCCUUCCUCACUUCCACAACCGAGUCCGUCGACGAUAUGGGUGGCACUCUCGGUGCCAUCUUUGGUAUCCUUCUUUCCGCCUUCACUUCCGCCCUCCGCGCUGAGUACGCCAAGGGGGCUCCCGAAACUGCCCCUUCACCAAAGCUUUACGCCAUUGCUCUGGCCAACGCCGUGGAGUCCCUCAAAUCACACACGCCUGCCAGGGAGGGCGACCGCACAGUCAUGGACGUCCUGAUCCCUUUCACUGACGCCUUCGCUAAAGACGGUAACUUUGGAGCCGCUGUCAAGGUCGCUGCUGACAAGGCCGAGGCCACCCGCUAUCUGAAGCCCCGCCUAGGCCGUGCAAGCUACGUCGGUGAGGCUUCCGGCCAAGAGCUGCCAGACCCUGGUGCCUGGGCUCUGUACGAGAUCCUUUCCGGCCUGGCCCAGGGACUGGAUAUUGCAGUGCCAAAAUAA